AUCCGUGCCACGUGACAAUGUUUACUUUACCUGGACAAUCAAGCCGCCACCACGAGCACAGGCAGCACUGUGUGGCCCCGGGAGUGUUUGACAUGAAUCACUGAUAACACCUUGAUAAGUGACAGGCACAGCUGAAUGAAAGACAUGAGCAUCUCCAGCCAGAGAGCCAAAGAUCUAGUGUCUGCCUAUGAUCACAGUUUGGAGCAGCAGAUAGUCAGGCAAGGCUCCAGCCUGGCGUGUAGAGAUGAGGAGCUGUGGAAGCUGGUGGAGGGGUACCUGAAGGUUGUGGACGCUCAGGAGACGCACUGCCUGGGUCUAGAUCCACUGAGAGUAAUGGAGGAGUCGCUUACAGCAACAGCAACAGCUACAGCUGCGGCCAGCACAGGACAAGUGAAAGCCAGAGGAGGGCUGCAGGGCCUGGAGAGAGCAUUUGAAGUGCUGGAACAAGCUGCUCUGAACCUUUAUCUCUGUCCGUGGAGGGAGGAGUAUAAAGUGGUCAAGAUGUACUCUGGUAUGUUCACCCACCAUAUCAAACCGGUGCUUUCGAUGCCACAGAUUGAGGAGCUGUUUGGCCUAAUGGGAUAUCAGCCCAGCUCCCCCCGGCACGAGCAGCUUCGUCUUAACUCCCACAGAGUAGGUUCUCUGGAUGACCUCCUCUGCUUGUCGUGUGCCUUCUUCUUGGCCCGCUGCGAAUGUCGCCUCCUUCUGGUGGCUCUGGGAGAGCAUGCCAAUGACAUCCAAUGGGAGCUGGGGGUGGUGAGAGAAAGGCAGUCAGGACAGAGCCUGCAGGGUGCCUUGGAAAACACUAAGAAGAUCCUGGAAGUGGAACAUUUAAUGGAGGAUGCUGAUGGAGAAGUGGAUGUAGAUCUGUACACUGAUGUGCAGGAAAAUGGGUGUCAGGAUAGGGAAGUGGUCGAUGAUGAUGAGGGUCCCCGAUCCUUAGCUUGGGUGACUCAAAACAAUGCCUCACCUCCUGCUGUCAAUACACAAAGCAAUGGAAUGACAUCUUUGCCCUACAUAUCCACCUCUGCAUCCACCAGAGAGCAUGUCUGUGUCUCCACACUGAACUACCAUCUGACCAACACACCACCACCUCAGUCGCACAUCACCAGAAGUUCUUCAACCAGUGCCAGGCAGCGCAGACGUCUUGCUGAUGACUCACAGUCUCACAGUCUGCAGGUAGAAGUUCCCAGGAGUGAAGCUACAGCUGACCAUCAGUGCAACUGUCUCCAGUCUCCUCAUGUGUGUCUUAAACUCUGUAAAGACUGCAACAGCCUCCAUGAUGUCGAGUGUGCCUUGCUGAAGUACUGCAACAACAGUAAUCACAUUGUGAUAUUCCCUGACAAUCCUAGAGAAGAGAUGAAAAAAUCAAGUGCUCUGUCCCAGCAUGCUGGAAGCUUCAAAGUUAGCGUAUCACCGAAUCUCACAAGCAGCAGCGCAGCACUGUCUUCCUUAGGUCUGAGGGAUGAGCCAAAAUCCAUGAUUGCACCAAUCAGCUACCACGACUGCUGCGACCUCUCCCAGCUAGACCCGCAGGUCCUUUGUCAUAGCUGCAGUGUUUUCCAUGCUGGAUCCUGCAAAGGGAUUUACUUUUGCGAAAAAGAAGAACAUGAUUUGAAGCCACUGGGAAUGUGUUCCUGCGGGAAGGAAGCUUCCAGAGAUCCUCUGAUUCUCUGCAGAUAUUGUGGGAAUGAGUAUUGUAGGGAUUGCUGGUACAGAAGCCCAUUUGAAUGCAUCUGUGGUAAAAAGUUUGACCAGUCAUCAACACCUGUGUGAAUGUACUGACGAUUAUUGCACUUAUGAGGCACAAACAAAUAAUCACAGUGCCUUAAAUGAAUUACAAUAAAUCAGAAACCCAACUAUUGCCUUUAUACAAUACUGACAUGAAGUAUUACAUGUUCCCUAGUCUUUUUUUACCUGCAGUAUCUCUUUAAAACUCACAUUAUAGUCUAUUGUACAUGUUGUCUAAGUGGCCAUAUUUGAUAUUAACCAGAUUUCUGAACUGUGUACUGAGGCAUGAAGAUGUGAUGACACUUUGUGCUUUUUGGGUCUCUUCAAUGUAAUUUUUAUGUAAAGCACACAAAAGCCUGUUUUCAUCUGUACUCGUUGCACAGACUGGAUUAAAAAGGGUCUUUAUGUCACUCUA